CGCUCGAUUAAAUGAUCACGUGACUCGAGAGUUGACCCCGAGUCAUUCUCGACCUCAAAGGUAGCUAUAUAGCUAUACCUUUGCUGAUCAAGAGUUAUUCUUACCUUGACAGUUCAAUUCUUCACUGCUAAAACCGACCUGCAUCUCUUACGGAUAAUCGUUGGGAAAAGAACCUCAAACAUGGCAGAAUCGAUUCAACAAGCCGUCUCGGACCUGUCCACCAAGGUCGCAGAGACCCUGGGCGUAUCCGGUCAACAGACCGGUCAGGAAAAGACUCGAGGUGGUGUAGAGACCGCUGCUCAAGGAGAGCCCAUCUACGUCGAUGAAAAGGCCGGUUCUGAUGGGCCCGAAGCUCAGGGGACCAGCACCACGCCCUUCCUUACCAUUCUGCACGCCAUGCUCACCUCCUUCCCUUCCCCUACCGCCGCUCAGGAUCGACCCAUCCUGGUCCGUAAACCCGACUCGCCCGAGGUCAACGACUGGCAACCCAUCAGCGGAGCCGCAUUGAAGAAGAACAAGAAGUUUGUCGACGCUCACUGGAAAAAGGUGAAAAAGGCCGAGGAGAACAAGGAGGCUACGGAAAAGGCUGAAAGGGAAAGGGAAGAGCGGGAUGCAAAGAGACGAGAGGAGGCUGCCAAGAUCAUCUUGAAGGAGGAUACCAGCUUGCCUGCUGCUCCCAAGGUCAAGAUCGGACACCUCGCCGAGUACCGUGACAAGCGUGUCCGAGUCUUCGGUUGGGUCCACCGUCUCCGUCAACAAGCGCAGAUGACUUUCAUCACCCUUCGAGAUGGUACCGGUUACCUCCAGCUCGUCCUCUCCGGCGACCUUCACAAGACCCUCGACGCUCUCGACCUCGUCACCGAGUGCACCAUCGAGGUGACUGGUGAACUCAAGGCCGUUCCUGAGGGCAAGACCGCUCCGGGCGGACACGAGCUCGCCGCCGAUUGGUGGAAGAUGAUCGGACGAGCUCCUUCCGGGACGGACUCCUACGCCUCUCUGUUCAACGAGCACGCCGAUCCUUCUGUCCGUCAACGACUUCGACACUUGGACCUCCGUGCCGAGACUCCGGCUGCUAUCAUGAGGGUCCGAGCGGCGCUUUUGAACGCCUUUAGGAGGUUUUACGCCAACGAGACAGUACUCGAGGUCACCCCGCCCUGUAUCGUCCAGACGUCGGUCGAGGGAGGGUCGACGUUGUUCAAGUUCGACUAUUACGGUUCAGAGGCAUACUUGACCCAGAGCAGUCAGUUGUUUUUGGAGACGUGUUUGCCCAGCUUGGGAGACGUCUUUUGCGUGCAAGAGAGUUUCAGGGCCGAGAACAGUCAUACCCGACGACACUUGGCAGAGUACACUCACGUCGAGGCCGAGCUCGCUUUCAUCACCUUUGACGACCUCCUCACCCACAUCGAGAGCAUGAUCUGUGAUUCCGUCGAAUACGUGCUCGCUGACCCGGUCGCCGGAAAGCUCGUCCGAGAGCUCAACCCCAACUUUGUCGCCCCUGCCCGACCUUUCCUCAGGAUGGACUACAAAAAGGCCAUCGAGUGGCUCAACGAACACGACAUCCUCUUCCAGGACGAUGACCCAGCCCAACCUCCUCGACCUCACAAGCUCGGGGACGAUAUCGCUGAAGCCGCCGAGAGGAAGAUGACGGACAUUUUGAACGUGCCCAUGUUCAUCACCGGGUUCCCCAGGGAGAUGAAGGCGUUCUACAUGAAGCGAGUCCCCGAGGACGAGCAUUAUACCGAGAGUUGCGACUUGUUGAUGCCCGGUGUCGGAGAAAUUGUCGGAGGGAGCAUGAGGAUGACCGACUUGAAGCAGUUGUUGGAGGGUUACAAGGAGCACGGAAUCGAUCCCAGCCCUUACUACUGGUACAACGAUCAGCGAACUUACGGAACCAUGGAGCACGGAGGAUACGGACUCGGAACCGAACGAAUCCUCGCCUGGUUGUUGAACAGGUACACUGUCCGAGAAGUCUCGUUGUACCCUCGUUACCCGGGACAUGCUCAGCCUUGAGGUGGCAUGGUGACAUGUUAGACGCA